AUGGAUGUUUGGGCUGAUAAGAAGAGUCCUCUACAGAAAUGGUCAAGUAAUGAAGUCCAGUUUUAUGAAUUAUGGGAAAGGCUAUCAGCUUUGAUAGCAAAGGAGGAACUGGAACUAAUAGCAGUUGUUAUGAGGGGAGUAUGGUUCAGGAGAAAUGCUUUUAUUUUUGAGAAUAAGUUUACAGAUCCUGGAACUAUAGUAGAGCAGGCUACCAUUUCACUUGAGAAUUUUCAGACAUCACAAACUAUAAAGAAGGGGGGUAUGGGAAGUAAUGAAAGGGGAAGACAUGGUUGUAAAUGGAAAGCUCCUAUUGGUGAUUGCAUAAAAGUCAAUUGGGAUGCUGGUAUAAAUAAAAAAGAUGAAAGAGUGGGAAUAGGGGUUGUGGUGAGGGAUGGAAGGGGGGAGGUAAUGGUGUCUCUCUGCUAUUCGAAUGAAGGCUGUUGCAGUCCAGUUGUAGCUGAGCUCCGGGCUUUAUGGAGAGUGAUGAAGCUAUGUGCAGAGCUUAAUUUUGAGAAUGUGAUCUUUGAAGGAGAUGCUUUAGUUGUUGUGAAUGCUGUAAACAGUGAGAAAGAAAGCUGGGAAUGGUAUGGACAAAUGGUAGAAGACAUGAAGGGAGUGCUUAAGAACAGACAAAGGUGGAAAGUUCAACAUGUUUUUAGGAAAUGUAAUCAAGUUGCACACCUACUUGCUAAAGUUUCUUUUACUUUCAAUGAGGAACAAAUUUGGAUGGAGUGUUGUCCACGAAAGUUUAAAAUGUUGUUACACAGGAAUACUUGUAUAUGA